AUGUUACCACUGAAAGGAAUCAAAGUCAUUGAGUUAGCAGGCCUAGCUCCAGGCCCAUUCGCAGGCCUUCUCCUAGCCGACUACGGCGCCUCAGUCCUCCGCAUAGACAGACCAAACUCAAUCAGUGGCGACCAAUUAACCCGCAACAAGACAUCCAUAACCCUCGACCUCCGCGAUAAAAGCUCCCUAAACAUCCUCCUCCGCCUCCUCACAACGGCUGACGUCCUAAUCGACCCCUUCCGCCCAGGCGUCCUCGAACGCCUCGGCCUCUCCCCAAAAGAUGUCCUCCAAAAACACAACCCCCGCCUCAUAGUCGCCCGCAUGACCGGCUUCCGCCGCGACGGAAAGUACAAAGACAUGGCCGGCCACGACAUAAACUACAUCGCCGUCUCAGGCGUACUGUCCAUGCUCGGCCGCGCAAACGAAAAGCCCUACGCCCCAGGAAACAUCCUCGGCGACUUCGCCGGCGGUGGUGCAGUGUGUUUCCAAGGAGUCCUGCUUGCCCUCAUCUCCCGCUCCCAUACAGGCCGUGGCCAGGUCGUCGAGGCGAAUAUGGUCGAUGGCUCUGCGUAUCUUGCUACAUUCCCGCGACUAGGGAGGAAUACCCCCGCGUGGGCUGAGCCGCGCGGUGAGAACCUGCUCGAUAGUGGGUGUCCGUAUUAUGAUACGUACGAGACUAAGGAUGCUGGGCGAUAUUUUGCCGUCGGGGCUUUGGAGCCGCAGUUUUAUGCGGCGUUCGUGCGGGGAUUAGGUUAUAAGAUUGGGGAGCUUCCGAAGAGGGAAGAUCGGGAGCAGUGGCCGAAGUUGAGGGAGAUCUUUACGAGGAGGUUUAAGGAGAAGACGCGGGCGGAGUGGGAGGCUGUUUUUGAUGGCACGGAUGCUUGUGCUACCCCCGUUCUGGAGCAGGCGGAGCUUGAAGAGGGUGGGUAUGAGCAGCGGCCUAUGGUGCAUCUGGUUAGCACGCCUGCGGCGCCGAUUCUGGCAGAUCAGGGUGGGUGGUCGGGUGGUGGGCUUAUGCCUGGGGAUGGGGGUGUUGAUACGCUUAGGGAGUGGGUGGGGUGGGAGCUGGGUAAGGAUUUUGAGGUGAGGAAGGAUGGGGCUUUACUGGCCGUGAAUGGGAAGUCGAAGAUUUGA